AUGGACACCGCCGGCCCCAACGGCUCCAUCGACCGCUCAACUUUCAAGCUCAUCGACCACCUGCAGACCCCACAAUACGUGCGCCUCUACGACGAGACGCAGAAGCUGAAAGAGCGCGUCAACGACCUCACGUCCUACCAGCAGGCGCACCCCAGGCCCUCGAAGACGCCUUCAACACGCGAGGAGAUUGAUGCCGAGAAGAAGAUCCAAAACCAGCUCGAUCAGCUAGAAAAGCGGUUACGCGCGCAGCUGGCCAUGACGCGCACCGUGUACCGCGCUUGCGUCAUGAAGAUCCGAGAAGAGAAGGCCGAGACGGCGGAGAAGAAAGCUGCCAAUGACGCGCUGAUCCUGGGACUGCACAAUCUGAAGUACGAGGAGCAGAGCUUGCGCAGCGAGAUCGCGGCGGCGCAGAACUACGAUCACAAGUACACCAAGCUGCCGCUCAUCCCGACGGACGCCUUCGUCGAGAAAUACCCCCAGUACGCUGACGCCUCGGAGCAUGAGCUCACCAUCGCGCGCAUCGAGCAGGAACACCAGGACCGUGUGGAGCUCGAGGCGCGCCGCCAGGAGAAGCUUAAGCAGAAACAGAAGCUGAUAGCUGAGGUCAAGAAGAGCAAGGAUGACCUUACGAAGUUGGAUGGCAUGGUGGAGAAGUUUGUGGAGCACUUUGGGCCGGUUAGGAAGUUUUUGGAUGCCGAGUAG